GGCCCCCAAUCCCCACCAUUCAGCGAAAACCAGCUAAGAAAAUUUGAGAUUAGACCGUUGUUUCGACGUGAACGAGACAUUGGCUGGUGAUAUCAGCGGCAUCGGUAAACAAUUACCUACCAACUGUAUCAUCAUAGCCGUCCAUCCAUUUUUACUCUUUCCACUAUGAAUUGUUAGGCCUACGCCACUCCCACAAUUCUCUCUCUGAAAACUGGACCGCACCGGCGGGAGUAAGAACCGUUUGGAUGAAUUGUUGUUGUUCUAGAAGGGCCGCGAAAAGGGAGGCUGACUCGACUAGUGCCUGAAACCGCCUCGGACUCGGAGGGAUCGAGGUGAUGAGAGGGAGCUUUUUGAGCCGUCGCACGGUACAGAGGCUUCGGCAACUCCUGAUCUGCACUGCCGGAUCGGUCAAAAUCAAGCUCAUCCUCUGCUGCUGUAUCGCCUUCACGGUUAUCGCGCUACUGAGUCGUGCUUCGGGUUUUACGGGAUGGACCAAUCGCAGUGUUGCUUUGGAACGGUUAUCUAUUCCCCGGAAAGGAUAUGCUAUCGUAAUGAACACAUGGAAAAGAUAUGAUCUUUUGAAGCAGUCCAUUUCUCACUAUUCAUCAUGUCCUGGACUUGAGUCUAUACACAUUGUCUGGAGUGAGCCCAAUCCUCCAUCAGAUCCUCUUAAGAAAUUUCUGAACCACAUUGUACAGUCCAACUCUGGACAUGAGCGACAAGUUGAAUUGAAAUUUGAUAUCAACAAGGAAGACAGUUUGAAUAAUAGAUUCAAAGAGAUUAAGGAUUUAAGGACAGAUGCUGUUUUUUCAAUUGAUGAUGAUGUGAUAUUUUCUUGCUCAUCCGUGGAAUUUGCAUUCAAUGUAUGGAGAAGUGCACCUGAUACAAUGGUUGGAUUUGUGCCACGUAUCCAUUGGGUCGAUCGAUCGAAAGGCAACAAUGAUUACUACAUAUAUGGUGGAUGGUGGUCAGUUUGGUGGACAGGUACGUAUAGUAUGGUCCUCUCAAAAGCAGCCUUCUUCCACAAAAAGUAUUUCAGUCUGUACACAAAUGAAAUGUCGGCAUCAGUUAGAGAAUAUGUUACCAAGAACAGGAACUGUGAGGAUAUCGCGAUGUCUUUUCUUGUUGCGAAUGCCUCUGGGGCUCCCCCUAUAUGGGUGAAAGGUAAUAUUUAUGAGAUUGGUUCAACUGGAAUCAGUAGCAUGGGAGGUCAUAGUGAAAGAAGAACCCAAUGUGUCAAUAGAUUUGUUGCAGAGUUCGGGCGAAUGCCUCUAAUACCUACUACUGUAAAGGCUGUUGAUAGCCAAAACGUCUGGUUUUGGUGACGCGGCAAUCGUCCUUCCUUUCAAUUGCUGACUUCCACUUUUUUUCCUGAGUUGUAAAAUAUUGAAAAUUUCAUUUACUAUGUGGGAGAUAGAAGUUAACAUAUCCAUUGGAUUGAUUUCUUGUAUUCUGAUUUUGUAACACAAUGGCAGUUGCCAUUUGAGAUAA